CCCAACGCGCCCCCGAUCCCCAUCAGCAUCACCAUCUGCGGCGAUGGCGGCUGCGGCAAGUCGUCCAUCACCCUGCGGCUUGUCCGCAGCGCCUGGACCUCAGACUACGACCCCACCAUCGAGGACAGCUACAGCGUGACGCGGCGCAUCGACGGCGCCACCUACCACCUCUCGCUCACCGACACCGCCGGCCAGGAGGAGUACCGCGGCAUGUGGGCCACCAGCAACCUCGGCGCCGACGCCUUCCUCAUGGUCUACGACAUCACCUCGUCCGCGUCGCUGGACGCCCUGGGCCACUUCAACGACCUGAUCGACAUGGAGAGCGAGACGCGCCUGGACAAUGCCCAGCGCGCGAGGCUGGCCGGCUAUCGAUACAGCGCCCCCUCCGAGUACGGCUCCAACGCCACCAAGACGGUCCCGCCCAUCAAGUUCAUCGCCGGCAACAAGUGUGAUUUGUCCGAGAGCCGGCAGGUCAGCGCCGCGACGGGGCUGGACUGGGCCCGGAAGAGGGGCUGCGGCUUCAUGGAGACGAGCGCCCGGGUCGAGGUCAACAUAGAGGAGACGUUUGCGCUGAUCGUCAGGAGGGUCGUCGAGGCGAGGCGCAUGGCCGAGAUGGGUGUGCUGCCGGGCGAGCAGGGCACUGCGCCCGUCGGGUUCGCCUCGGGCGGUGGUGCGAUGGGCCAGAGGGGCGCCACGAAGCCGCUGAGUCCACUGCCCGAUAUGCCCGACGGCAGCGAGAAGAAUGGCCUGGACAGGGGGCCGAACGGGCCUGGGCAAAAGAUGGGGAGGGGAGGAGGAGGGUUCUGGAGGAUGCUAAGAUGUUGGUGA